AUGGCUGCGCCCACACCGAUGCAAAUCCAACAAAUGCAACAGCAAAUGAGUCAAAUGCAACAGCAAAUGAGUCAACAACAGAUGACUCAGCAACAAAUGAAUCAGCAGCAAAUGAAUCAGCAAAUGAACCCUCACAUGAACCCACAAAUGAACCCCCAGAUGAGCCAGCAGAUGCAACAACAGGCGCAUCCCCAGUCACAGCAACAAAAUCAACAACAAAUGCAACAACAACAGGUCCAGGCAGCAGCCGGUCAGCAACAGCAACAACAACAACCACAGCAACAGCAGCAGCAUAGUGGUGACCUUGACCCAAUUUACAAGUUCAAGGCUCUGCUGCCUAGACUUAAAGAAAGUUUAUCAAAUUUAUUCAGAGCAGCAGGAGAUGUUUUUAAACACCAUGCUUCACAAGAUAGUGGAAAUAGAACUGGUGAUAGUCCACAGCAGAAAUUUGAAAAAAGUUUAGAAGAAUUUUACGCUUUAUGUGAUCAAAUGGAGAUUAAUUUGAAAUUUGCCUUAGAAAUGCAUUGCCAGUCCCUGGACAGUAUGAAAUAUACCCCUCAUCAUGUAACAUCUAGUAUCAAGGACAGCCAGCAACCCGACACCAUGCCCUACCCCCAAUAUCUACUGACAGUCAGAACACAAAUAAACUGGGCUAAAGAAAUGCAUGAUGUGUUAUCAGAAUUUUCAAAAAAUCUGGCCACAGAUCAGAUAGUGGCUAAGUGA